AUGGCGUGUGAAUAUGGCGUCUUGUUCCAGACGGUCACAUUUGCCACUUUGCACUCGUUGUCGCCCAUGCUGUUGUUUGGGCGAAUUCUCUUCUUUCUCCUCCUCUCACAGCCUGGACCCAUCUGCUCUUGGGCACAUGACCAGCCCGGCGAUGCCCGCCUCCUCUUCACAAGACAGCCGUAUCUACGCGCCUCCGGAGUACCAGGUCCGGGACAGAUCAGCCUCAGUCUGCUCGAGGAGGCGCCGUUGGGCUCAGAGGUUGUCGACGUAGGCGCCAUCUUGGCCGUCUGGCAGGCAGACGACCGGCGACAUCAAAUGUACCCCGAGACGGCCAAGACUGUGUCCCGCAUCCGGUCGGCCUUGACCAAUCGGAGCGCCAAGUCGUCCUCCUCCAUCGGCUCGGACCAAUCCGGCCCAGCGAAUCGGGGCUCGCAGGCGUUUGAAACCAAUUCCCAACAUUCGGCUGGUCUGGGAUCGUCGGGCGGAGUGAAUCGCAACUUUCAGUUCUUCAAUUGCGACUUGGCCUCCCGAUACUUCAGCAUUGACUCGCAGACCGGCCGUGUCUGCGUGGCCCAGAGGAUAGACCGCGAUAGUCUGUGCCCGGCAGUUCCACGCUGCUGUCCCAGCAAUCAUGAGGUCGAAGCGUAUUUGAUGAACGAAGCCGGUGCGAUGCAACAAACUGAGACGGCCACCACGGCCGAGACGUCGCUUAGACACCAGCGAUUCCCUCCUUUCUCGAUGGCAGGUCUCUACGGUAGGCCCAAAUUCAUUUUCGUUUGUAAGUAG